AUGGUCGGGUGGUGGGACCCGUAGGGAAAGCUGAGGAGGCAGGCGGGAGCCUGGGCUGGGGAAAGCAAGAAGGGAAGAGGAGCAACCUGGGACGAGGAGUUGACGGGAGGAAAGUGCGAGUCCGGGCCCUGGAGAAGGCUGGGAGGGAAGCAGGAGCCAGAGCGCGGGCCGGGGAGUGCCUGAAGAAGGGAACCGGUUGCCCGAGGCGGGGGUGAGCUCCGCAGUGGCAGGAAUUUCGUCUGAUUUUCGUCCCCCGGCUCCUGGAGCACGGCCUAGCAUACAACAGGCGCUCCGUAGUCUUCAGCUCUCAUGGAUUGGGAGCUGGGAAAGGAAUGAGAAGACAGAAGUCAGAGACAAGAAGAGGCUAACAUGACUGAUACCGCUAUAAUUUAGUGUAAGUCAUCUCUUACCUUCCAAGAUAACCUGCUGCUUGGAACUUCCAGAUACGCUUCCGUUCUCAUGGACAUAGCCUCUUCUGCAGCUGCUGCCCCAGUGCUUCCUCUGGGCAUGCAGUGGCCCACCCACUCUGGUGGGUGGGUUUGUCCAGUCAGUCCUCUUUGAUAGGACCCAAGACAACCCAGACAGCCUCCACCCAUGGGGUCUUCACCUAAUGCUAAGGGAUCAGUGUCAUUCAGUGAUGUGACUGUGGACUUCACUCAGGAGGAGUGGCAGCACCUGGAUCAUGCUCAGAAGACUCUAUAUAUGGAUGUGAUGUUGGAAAACUAUUGCCACCUCAUCUCUGUGGGGUGUCACAUGACCAAACCUGAUGUGAUCCUCAAGUUGGAACGAGGAGAAGAGCCAUGGACAUCAUUUUCAGGUCAUACCUGCUUGGAAGAAAACUGGAAAGCUGAAGACUUUUUAGUAAAAUUCAAGGAACACCAAGAGAAGUAUUCUAGAUCAGUUGUAAGCAUCAACCACAAAAAACUGGUGAAGGAGAAGAGUAAAAUAUAUGAAAAGACAUUUACUCUAGGCAAAAACCCUGUUAAUUCAAAAAAUCUACCUCCUGAAUAUGAUACUCAUGGAAGGAUUUUGAAAAAUGUUUCAGAAUUAAUCAUCAGUAAUCUAAAUCCUACAAGAAAGAGACUUAGUGAGUAUAAUGGGUAUGGGAAAUCACUCCUGAGUACUAAACAAGAGACUACUCAUCCUGAAGUCAAAUCCCAUAAUCAAAGUGACAGAGCUUUCAGUCAUAAUGAAGUUCUUAUGCAGUAUCAGAAAACAGAAAUUCCAGCACAGUCAUUUGGAUAUAAUGACUGUGAAAAAUCAGUCCUUAAAAGGGGAGGCCUGAUUACACAUAAUAGACCUUACAGAGGAGAAAACCCAUCUGUAUAUAAUAAAAAGAGAAGAGCAACCAAUAUUGAAAAAAAACAUACAUGCAAUGAAUGUGGUAAAUCCUUCUGCAGGAAAUCAGUAUUGAUUCUGCAUCAGGGAAUUCACUCAGAAGAAAAACCCUAUCAAUGUCAUCAAUGUGGAAAUGCAUUUAGAAGGAAAUCAUAUCUCAUUGAUCAUCAGAGGACUCACACAGGAGAGAAACCCUUUGUUUGCAAUGAAUGUGGUAAGUCCUUCCGCCUAAAGACAGCCCUAACUGAUCAUCAGAGAACACACACAGGGGAGAAAUCAUAUGAAUGUCUGCAGUGUAGGAAUGCCUUCAGAUUGAAGUCACACCUCAUUCGUCAUCAGAGAACUCACACGGGAGAGAAACCAUAUGAGUGUAAUGACUGUGGGAAGUCCUUCCGCCAGAAGACCACACUCUCUCUACAUCAGAGAAUUCAUACAGGUGAGAAACCCUAUAUUUGUAAAGAAUGUGGGAAGUCCUUUCACCAGAAGGCAAAUCUUACUGUACACCAGAGAACUCAUACAGGGGAAAAGCCCUACAUUUGUAAUGAAUGUGGGAAAUCUUUCUCCCAGAAGACAACCCUUGCUCUUCAUGAGAAAACCCAUAAUGAAGAGAAACCCUAUAUUUGUAGUGAAUGUGGAAAGUCUUUCCGCCAGAAGACAACCCUUGUGGCACAUCAGAGAACACAUACAGGGGAGAAAUCUUACGAAUGUCCUCACUGUGGGAAGGCCUUUAGAAUGAAGUCAUACCUCAUUGAUCAUCACCGAACUCACACGGGAGAGAAACCGUAUGAAUGUAAUGAAUGUGGUAAAUCAUUCAGUCAAAAGACAAAUCUCAAUCUACAUCAGAGAAUUCAUACGGGAGAGAAACCCUAUAUUUGUAAUGAAUGUGGGAAGUCUUUUCGCCAGAAAGCAACCCUCACUGUACAUCAGAAAAUACAUACAGGCCAGAAAUCCUAUGAAUGUCCUCAGUGUGGGAAAGCCUUUAGCAGGAAGUCAUAUCUCAUUCAUCAUCAAAGAACUCAUACGGGAGAGAAACCAUAUAAAUGUAGUGAAUGUGGAAAGUGCUUCCGCCAGAAGACAAAUCUUAUUGUACAUCAGAGAACUCACACAGGUGGAGAAGAUGGCCUAACUGGAUGUUUGUCCUAGCAUCAGCCCACCAAAGAUUUGGGGAACAUGUGAGUCACAUUCUCUGGAACAUUGUGCUCCCCUUUGAUUUUGCGUUUCCAGACAUUUCAGUGGCUACCACAAAAAAUAAAAAGUAUCUGUGGUAUCACUACAUGUGCUGCCCUGUCUCCUGAUUUACUGAUUAUCAUGAAAUAGCCAUGUACUGUUUCAGUAGAACAUUGUAUCCAAUGUCCACUUUAUUUUCAAACAUACUACAUAUAUUCAUGUUUUAUAGCUCUUGGAUAUGAAGAACUAGAAAGUAUGGUGUAUUAAUGGGCAGUUUUAUAAAUGGCCAAACUUCGAAACUUUGAGUCCGGGCAUGGUGGCUCACACCUGUAAUCCCAGCACUUUGGGAGGCUGAGAUCGGCGGAUCACCUAAGACCAGGAGUUUGA